AACAGAAGAUGCAAAAGCCACAAUGACUUUGCAAUUUCAGUGGAAGAGAAGUAUCACUCUUUCAGGCCAUCCUACAGCCAUGUCUCUAUCUUCAUUACCACAACCCAAUUUUAGGUAAUCAAUUUCCUUCUUUUGUCUUAUUAUUCAAAAAAAAUCAACCCUUUCUGCUCAAAUUAUCAAUUUUUCCUUUUAUAUUUUUUGUUUUGUGGAGCCCACCACACUAUCUGUUGAAGUAUAUGUCAUUUUCUGUUAAUGGGUUUCCUUUGAAUCCUGAGUAAAUGCUACAUUCAUAGUGUUAUUCUAAAAUAUUUUAAGAGUUUCUAGUUUGAAGGGUAGUCCCUUUUCAGUUGGGGUGGUUCAGAGAACUUUGCUGCUAUUACUGGCUUUAGAUAAGCAGUUUUUGCAGUAAUUCUAUAUUGUUAUAGCAGUUGGGUAAUUGAAUGAAGCAUGGCAUCAAUACUUGCUUUCAGGGUGUUUCCUAGUUUCCGCAAAAAAUUAGGGCAUAGACCUGGGUUUGGAGGGAGGGUUGUAUGUAAUUUAGGUGGUGAGAACUCAACAGUCUUGCACUCAGAUAGUGUUAGUGUUAAGGGUGAGUCUGUUAUAAAGGAAACUGAGAAAAUUGGGUCUUCAAUUGCUGGAGGAAAUGGGCAUGUAGGAAGCAUUGGUGGAGGGAAAAAGAGGGGUAAGGAAGUUGAUUCUGAAGAGUUAGAAGUGUUAUGGGAUGAUGGGUAUGGGUCUGCUAGUAUGAAAGAUUAUCUUGAUAUUGCUAAAGAGAUGAUCAAGCCGGAUGGUGGACCGCCUCGGUGGUUUAGCCCUGUUGAAUGCGGGCGCCCUUUGAAGGGUUCUCCUUUGCUUCUGUUUUUGCCUGGUAUGGAUGGUGUUGGAUUGGGUCUCAUAAUGCACCAUAAGGCCCUGGGGAAGGUGUUUGAGGUCCAGUGUUUGCAUAUUCCUGUUAACGAUAGGACGCCAUUUGAAGGGCUGGUGGACUUUGUUGAACGAGUAGUUCGGGAAAAGCAUGCUUCAUCUCCAAAUAAGCCUAUUUAUCUGGUUGGAGAUUCCUUUGGAGGUUCUCUAGCUCUUGCUGUUGCUGCUCGUAAUCCAAUGGUUGACUUGGUUUUGAUACUUGCUAAUCCUGCAACAUCGUUGGAAAGGGGCCAGCUUAAACCAUUUUUUCCUAUAUUGGAGGCAUUGCCUGAUGAGCUUCACAAUACAGUUCCAUAUCUUCUGAGUUUUGUUAUGGGUGAGCCAGUGAAGAUGGCGAUGGUCAAUGUGGACAAGAAGCUUCCUCCUAGUCCAAUGCUUCGACAAUUGUCUAAGAAUCUCACUGACUUGCUGCCACGUCUUUCUGUUAUAUCUGAUCUCAUUCCCAAGGAUGCUCUUCUUUGGAAACUUAAGCUGCUAAAAUCAGCUGCUGCCUACGCAAAUUCUCGUCUGCAUGCCGUGAAAGCUGAAGUACUUGUGCUUGCUAGUUUAAAGGAUAAUAUGCUUCCUAGUGAAGAUGAAGCAAAAAGGCUUUCUGGGUUGCUGAAGAAUUGUAAAGUUCGAACCUUCAAAGAGAAUGGGCACACACUUUUGCUGGAAGAUGGCAUCAAUCUACUCACUGUCAUCAAAGCAACUGGAAAGUAUCGGCGUUCAAGAAGGAUGGAUUAUAUCACUGACUUUGUGCCUCCUAGUUUUUCGGAAUUCAAAACUGGAUUUGAUCAAUAUAGUGGAUGGCUUAAUUAUUAUACCAGUCCUGUGCUUUUCUCAACCUUAGAGGAUGGAAAGAUUGUGCAAGGUCUCAGUGGGGUGCCCAGUGAGGGUCCUGUCAUAUACGUUGGUUAUCACAUGUUGAUGGGUUUGGAGAUCUCAGGUCUUGCUGAAGGAUUUCUGAGGGAGAAGAAAAUCUUGGUCCGAGGUUUAGCUCAUCCUGCAUUGUUUGGUUCAAACUCCUCAAACAAUGAAUUAUCAUAUUUUGAUUACAUAAAAGUAUUUGGUGCGGUACCAGUGACUGCUAGCAACUUCUUUAAAUUGCUUUCAACAAAGUCGCACAUACUUCUUUAUCCUGGUGGAGCUCGUGAGGCUCUACAUUACAGGGGUGAAGCAUAUAAGUUAUUUUGGCCUGACCGACCAGAAUUUGUACGAAUGGCUGCAAAAUUUAAGGCCAAAAUUUUACCUUUUGGAGUUGUCGGAGAAGAUGAUAUAGCAGAGUUGGUCCUUGACUAUAAUGACUUAAUGAAAAUCCCUGUGUUAAAUGAACGUGUACGACAAAGUGCUGAUGAGUCUGGAAGGGUGAGGAAUGGUGAUGAAGGGGAGGUUGCGAAUGAAAACCUCUUCUUUCCUGGACUUCUUCCAAAAAUUCCGGGUCGUUUUUACUAUCUCUUCGGUAAGCCGAUUGAAACUCAAGGGAGGGAAGAGCUACUGAGUGAUAAAAAGAGUGCAGAAGAGUUGUAUUCACAGAUUAAAUCUGAAGUUUCCUCAAAUAUAGAUUAUUUACUUAAGAAGAGAGAAGAUGAUCCUUACAGAAAUAUUAUUGAUAGAACCAUUUAUCGGUUGGCAUCUACUCCUGCAAAAGAUGUGCCAUCGUUUACCCCAUAACAAAGAGGGGACUAUAAGUUACACAUGAUUUUAACUGUAUGAUAUAAAGAGAUCUCUAUAUUCAUUAUUUUUUGAUGAUAUAUAUAGCAGUUUUUUCUGAAUAUUGUUAUCUGUGUGGUUAUCAUUUAAACGUUUGAGCUUGUAUUUGUAUGUUUAUUUUUCCAUAGAAAGCAUUGUGAAAAAUUUAAUCCAGUCAAAUGACUCAGAGUAAAUAAAGUACUUCAUGAACUGAA